GGAGUUUCUUUGUGGCGGCGGCGCUCGGCGAGGGCUGGAGCGCAGUUGUGAUGCCUUGGAUGCAAGAUCCCACUUGUUGCAAGCAAAGAGAUUCCAGUUUUCCUUGUGCCGUGGGACAAGGGGAGGGGAAUGGAUUCUGGUGCAGUGAUGGGAAUGUGGAGGAGCCCCUGGAUCCGCACGAUGGAGGGGCAUCCCCCCACCCAGGGGUGCCUAGGGACGCAGACAAAAGGACAGCCAGAAGACUUCUGGGCGAGUGGUGUGCGCUCCAUCCAGCGUUCAUCCUGGUGCUGGCUGUGCUCGUGGUUGUCAUCCUGGCUUUGGCUGUGGCUCUUGCUGUACAAUCAGCAGGCAGACAUGGAAGCGAUCCGGAUCUGCCUGCAGCUCCAGUGCUGGCCUGUCCUGAGUUCUGGGUUGGGUACCGCAAUGUCUGCUACUACCUCUCAAGGGAGGAGGGGAGCUGGGAGUGGAGCCAGGAGCAGUGCUCCUUGCACGGGGCCUCGCUGGCUGUGCUCAGGAGGGAGUGGGAAAUGGAGUUUCUCUCGCGCCUCAAGGGCAAUGCGGAUUGCUGGCUUGGGCUGCGGAGACGGGGCGAGCGCGUGGAGUGGGUGGACGGCAGCAGCUUCAACAACACCUUCCCGGUGCAUGGUCAAGGAGCGUGUAUGUAUUUGAACGACUAUGAUGUUGCGAGUUCAAGCUGCUCACAGCAACGGCCGUAUAUCUGCAGCAAGCCCCAAGCUCUGAUGUGAAAGAGAUGAUGGGGAAAGGACGUCCUCCAUGCUGAGGACUCACAGCUUCACCUCUUCUUUGUUACGUAGCAAUAUCCUUCCUUCGGCUGCAAGUCCAGGUUGCUCCUGGUGUCAGCAACAGCUCGCUGCCAGCUCUCAGGCAGAUGAACCUGCAGGAAGGGGAGAUGUUGUGGAAGCUGAUGAGUGUCUGCCUGGACUGGGACUGUGGGUUGCGCAUGGAGCAGAUUUCUCCUUCUGAGACCACCCCAGAACUCAUCUUGCUUUCCUCGCAAUUCCCAUAUGCCUGCUUUUGCACUAUGGUGAUAUAGCUCGAGCUACUGCUACUAGCCAAGACUGGUGAAGAGACCUUGGCAGACGUGCCUGGCACUCUGCAGGGCAGCGGGGACACAGAGCCAGGGUGUGGACUGGCCCUUGUGUGGCACUUGUGAGAUGUACAGAUGUUGAUCUUGUAUGAAUUUUUUUUAUUAAAACCCGGUGAUUUAC